UUUUCCCUCUCCUCUUGUUUGUUGGCCAAGAGAAGAGAAGAGAAGAGAAGAGAAGAGAAGAGAAGCCAUGAACUGCUCUGCAUUCUCCUCCUCCUUUCUCAACUUCACUCUCAGCUCUGAAAUCCCUAAAAACCUUCAUCCACAUCUCAAGAUUGGAUCCCCUAAAAUACCCACCAAUUCCUCUAUUUCAUCUUCUUUUCACUUCCACCCACUCCUGCGCAACUCUCUGCUUCCUCUUGCCGCUUCACUCUCCAUUAUUUUCUUACCAAUUCCGGCCAAAGCUGGACUUUUAUCAGGAUUCUCAGGGAUAGAAUCAACUCCAGGUCCUCAGUUACCCCAAAUUGAUUUUCUUAAUCGCUUUAAUGAAGAAAACCAGAAGAAGUAUGCUGAGGCUGAUGCCAGAUUCAAAUCAUCUCCCUUGCUCAAGCAGCUCCUAGAACGGUCCAAGCUGAACAAAGAAAAGAACCGACAAGCAAUUUUGGACAAGUACUGCAUCCGCGGAGCAGAGUGGGGCGUAGGGGAUUGUUCGGCAGAUGCAAUGUCACCCGAGGAGAGGGACCAGUUCAUUUACAUGCUGAAGCAGAAGGCUGGUAUAACUGAAUGACCUUUGCAUUGAACAAUUUCUAAUGGGGAAGUUCACAUUUUGUGGCAACUGUUCUGGGUGUAAGGUGAAUGGGUUAGGGAUUUCUGCAACUUGUUUUUGACGAUUAGAUUCAGUAUACAUUCAUUGUUAUCUUGCCUCACCCACCUAACUGGUGGGAAUCAAGCAGGUAAGCUCCUGAUUCAGUUGAUUUCAAUUUGCUUUGUGAUUC